CGUCUUCUUCGUGGGUCCUGUAGUCGCAGUAGUGUGUCUCACUGAUGUUUAGGACCCAAAACUUAAAGUUAUCAAUGAAUAUUUAAAAAUAUCGACUUUGACAAAGAGGAGGAUCUUCUGCUUCACGUUUUACAGAAAUGAAGCUCAACAUAGAUGGUCUGUUGGUCUACUUUCCAUAUGAUUACAUUUAUCCGGAGCAGUACUCCUACAUGUUGGAGCUGAAGAGGACUCUGGAUGCUAAGGGUCAUGGAGUCCUGGAGAUGCCAUCAGGAACAGGGAAGACCAUCUCUCUGCUGUCUCUCAUCGUAGCUUAUCAAAAGAUGUUUCCCCUGGAGGUGACAAAGCUGAUCUACUGCUCGAGAACGGUCCCCGAGAUUGAGAAGGUCGUGGAGGAGCUGAGGAAGUUGAUGGAGUUUUAUUCCAAGCAAACUGGAGAGAGCAACAACUUCCUGGCUCUGGCGCUCUCCUCCAGGAAAAACCUCUGCAUCCACCCCGAGGUGAGCGCUCUGCGCUUCGGUAAGGAGGUUGAUGGGAAGUGCCACAGUCUGACAGCAUCGUACAUUCGAGCGCAGCGCCACACCAACCCUGACCAGCCUGUGUGUCGCUUCUACGAGGAGUUUGAUGCUGUGGGCCGACAGGUUCCUCUUCCCGCUGGCAUCUACAACCUGGACGACCUGAAGGACUUUGGCAGGAGGAAAGGCUGGUGUCCGUACUACAUGGCCCGUUACGCAAUCCUGCACGCUAACAUCGUGGUGUACAGCUAUCACUACCUGCUGGACCCUAAGAUCGCCGACAUGGUGUCCAAAGAGCUGUCCAAGAAGUCAGUGGUGGUCUUCGACGAGGCUCACAACAUAGACAAUGUGUGCAUCGACGCCAUGAGUGUGAACAUCACCAGACGCACACUCGACCGCUGCCAGACCAACGUGGACACGCUUCAGACCACCAUACAAAAGAUAAAAGAGACAGACUCUGCUAAACUGAAGGAGGAGUACAGGCGGUUGGUGGAGGGGCUGAAGGAAGCAAAUGUUGCCAGGGAAACAGACGUCUACCUCGCGAACCCCGUGUUACCGGAUGAAAUUCUCAAAGAGGCCGUCCCCGGCACGAUCCGUACAGCGGAGCACUUUGUCGGGUUCCUGAGGCGUUUCCUGGAGUACCUGAAGUCCCGCCUGAGGGUCCAGCAUGUGGUGCAGGAGAGCGCCCCGCAGUUCCUCAAAGACAUUUUUGAGAAAGUCUGCAUCGACCGCAAACCGCUAAGGUUCUGUGCGGAGCGAUUACAGUCGUUACUACGAACUCUGGAGAUCGCAGACAUAGCAGACUUCUCAGCUGUUACUCUCAUCUCCAGCUUUGCAACUCUGGUCAGCACCUACAGCCAAGGUUUUACCAUCAUCAUCGAGCCUUUUGAAGACAGAACUCCGACCAUCGCCAACCCCGUGCUGCACUUCAGCUGCAUGGAUCCGUCUAUAGCCAUCAAACCUGUUUUUCAAAGGUUUCAGUCAGUUGUCAUAACCUCGGGGACUCUCUCUCCGCUCGACAUCUAUCCCAAAAUCCUCGACUUCCGCCCGGUUACCAUGGCGUCCUUCACCAUGACGCUGGCCCGGACCUGCCUCUGUCCUCUGAUUGUCGGCAGAGGAAACGAUCAGGUGGCACUCAGCUCAAAGUUUGAGACCAGAGAAGACUUUGCUGUGAUCCGUAACUACGGCAACCUUCUCCUCGAGAUGUCUGCAAUCGUUCCCGAUGGCAUCGUUGCGUUUUUCACCAGCUACGUGUACAUGGAGAACAUCGUGGCGUCUUGGUAUGAGCAGGGUAUCUUGGAGAAUAUUCAGAGAAACAAGCUGAUCUUCAUUGAGACUCCAGACGCUGCAGAGACCAGCAUGGCCCUGGAGAAAUACCAGGAGGCGUGUGAGAACGGCAGAGGAGCCAUCCUCCUGUCGGUGGCCAGGGGAAAAGUCUCCGAAGGAAUAGAUUUUGUUCAUCACUUUGGCCGAGCAGUCAUCAUGUUUGGAGUGCCUUAUGUUUACACCCAGAGCCGCAUCCUAAAGGCUCGUCUGGAGUACCUUCGGGAUCAGUUUCAGAUCAGAGAAAAUGACUUCCUGACGUUUGAUGCCAUGCGGCACGCUGCCCAGUGCGUUGGCAGAGCCAUCAGAGGCAAGACCGACUAUGGACUCAUGAUUUUUGCUGACAAGCGUUAUGCGCGAGCGGACAAACGGGGGAAGCUUCCUCGCUGGAUCCAGGAGCACAUCAAUGACGGCAGUCUGAACCUCACCGUGGACGAAACCGUCCAGCUCUCCAAGCACUUCCUGCGCCAGAUGGCUCAGCCUUUCAGACAGGAGGACCAGUUGGGUCUGUCUCUGCUGACUCUCGAGCAGCUGGAGUCGGAGGAGAUGCUGCAGAAAAUCUCUCAGAUUGCUCAUCAGACCUGAAGGUGACAUGCACUGCACAAAAUGUCAUCACCAUAGCAACACCCAGAGGAUGUGAUUGGCAGAGUAUCCGACGUGGCAGAUGUACGUAGAAUCACCAUCAAGAAAGUGUUUGGUUUUUGAAAGCUGCCAUUCGCUGUCAAGUAGUUAAAGCGUUCAGAUAUUCAGGUCACACCAAAGCGUGUACACACACUGCUGGUGUUGUAAUUAUCUACAUAUCAGCUUCAGAAACGAACAUAUGAAAGAACUGUAGCCACGUCUGUGCUAGAUGUAAAAUCAAUCCACUUGCCAGUUUGUGACUGAAUUACAGCCUAAAAUCACGUUUUCUUUUUUAACAGCUCAGCACAUAAUUCUGUUUAUGUACAUGAAUAACUGCAUGAUGCAUCAAACAAGUAAAACAGUGAUAGAAUGACAUCUUAGAACAAUUUAAUACUGUUACAUCCUGUUGUAAAUCUGCUUAGUUUCCCCCCCCGAGUGAAAAGAGAGCAGCCGUGAUUUGGGACAAAACUGUUGAUUUCAUUGGUCCACACAGCGUUACAUGAGUGUGCAGGAUUUUGAACUCUAACAUUUUGUAUUUUCAGUGUUUCUAUUCAGUAUUAAAACUUGCUCUCAGAUGCACUGACAGGAGCGAUCCUAAAUAAUAACAACAACAAAAAACUCCAACAUAUGAUGAGCUGUUUAAAAGCACAUUCAGAGUUCUGCAAAUUUGUGGGGGAAAAAAUCAGUUUUUCAAAAUGAUUGGCGUUAUGUGAUGCUAUUUUCAUAAGUAACAUGUUUUGUUUGAAACAAGAUGUAAGCAGUGGUCUGUGGGUCAAUAACAACAGAAAUGUUAUUCCAUCUGUGGGUGUAACAUCAGUGUGUUUCGUCUGUCAUACAGGCAAGACUACUUUUAGUUUUCUUUGCUUCUGAAGCUGUAAAAAGAUUUUAUACUGAACAUGACUAUUUGUGUAUCUGCUUAUAAACCAAGGAGUUUGAAUAUACAUGUUUGUAUGAAG